UCUCAGCAUCUCCUCACAAUACAGAAGCAUCAGCACCAACAAGCUUAUCAGUAUCUCCUCUCAAUACAGAAGCAUCAGCACCAGAAAGCUUAUCAGCGUCUCCUCUCAGUACAAGAGCAUCCCCAAUAGUUACAUCAAAAGCAUCAACCAAAACACCAACAGCAAUGAUGACGCCAGCAACAAGUGCAGGAUCAGCAGCAGUGUACUCAGUGCACUCGUCACCUUCAAGCUCAUUCAACCCUCCACCUUCAAAAAGUUCCUUGAUUCCAAUAGGAACACCAAUGCCUCCCCGGAUCGUGUACCCUAUGAUAACGGCAGUAACCUUCAAAAGGACUUGGGGAGACUUAUGUCCUUUGCUUACCCUGUUUAAAGAGCGUCUUUCUCACCAUCUUCUUGAGUACAAAGGCUUCAAAGACACAGAGUAUUACCACGUCCCGACGGAUAGGAUAAUACUAAUCAACAGAGAUCAAAAUUGCAACGUCAAGUUGUCUUAUGACGAAGAAGCCAUUGUAGAAUUCUACAUUACUAACAACAGCACAGUGGAUCCCGUAAGAAUGGCACAAGACGAAACUAACACAAACUUGACAAGAAAGGCUUAUAAAAUUUUGUAUGAUUAUUGGGUAAACCACUUAAUGGUACUUUUACAUGACGUUUUCAUAAAGCAGGUCACCAAAGUUGAGCUAAUUAUAGGAGGUGAACCUCAAAAGGAAGAAGGAAUGACGGAAAGAGUACACCUCGGUAUUGCUAUUGGGGUUUGUUUGGCUGUGAUUGCGUUUUUAGGCAUCCUGUAUUUGUGUAUGAUCGGAUGCACGCAGAUAAAAAAGGCAGGUCGUCCAAAAAAAGAUGGACAAAUGGUUUUCAGCAAUGAGGUAGCCUGUAAAGAGGAAGCUGAAGGCGGGGGUUGUGACAGGGCCGCUCAACAAGAAGCAGACUCAAAAGGAAAUGACGAGCCUGAAGAGGUGGUGGUGCAUAAUAAACCUCAAACUCUGGAGAAAACGCCACUCUUUUCAGCGAUCACGUAUUACGAAGGUGGUCAAAAAGUUUAUGGAGCGCCGUCCGAUGACAUGCCGUCCGUGGAGGUACCGCAGGUCCAUCCAGAGCGCAACAAUGAUUCCCAAGAAGAGCCUACCAAGCCACCAGAGGAAACAAAAGAGGAAUCAAUAAAAUCACCCGACGAACCGUCGGGACAGCCCAUUAACUCAUCACCAGAGGUAGAGUUAAUCGAAUCAUCAGAAGGAGGCAUAAAAGAGCAGAGCAAAUCCCCAGAUGCACCUGAGAUUACUCCAGGGGAAUCUCCCAAGCAGACCGAAACUGAAUCCCUGCCAGCCGAAAAUCCAACUGAGCCGGCAAAAGAAGAGGACGACAAACCGGACAAACCGGCUUCAGGAGAAGACGACGAAGAAACCAAACCUGACUUUGGCCAAUCAGAUCAUAAAGAUGAAGAUCCCACCCAGAGUGCUAUUAAUUUGGCCUUUGAAGGAACGGAUGAGGAGCCUGAUAACAAGAAAGAGAAAGACGAGGAAACCAAAUUUUGAAGACAUUCUCAUGGCUAUUUUUUUAAGGAAAAGGAGUUAGCCAAGAGACAAGUUGUGAUAAAUAGUCAGUUGAGGACGUUUUGAUGAUCGUCUUUCUCUGCAAAUACUAUCUUCAAGGAACGCAAUAUAUUUUUAAGUAUAUUAUCUUAGUAGCGAAUGUAUUUAAUUAUUUCAGAAAAACGUUCCUUCGCAUGAGCAGGUUUUGUCAUGUCUUGGAUGGGUCUGCUUUCCAGCUAGUAUUGGGGCUUUGCUCAAAUUAGAUAUACUGCUACUGACAGGCUGAUGUCAUAUGCUUCUAUCAGCCACUGCUAUCAAACGUCCAGAGGAAUUGCAAGUGCUGAGCAUACAGUGUACCUAGCUAGUAACGCGUUCGUUUACGCGUUUGUCACACAUUUAAACCUUGUUUACAGUUUUUUUCCUAUUUUUUUAAGUGGCUUGCUUCUUACUAGGAGAAAGAUGAAUUUUCGAACCGGUUUUAUUUCUUAAAAAGGCUGUGACGGAGAUUCCAAACAGAGCUUCUGAUCCCGAGCAUGGUUUCAAGUAAAGAAUCAAAAAGAAAACAUGAUUCAAACUGCUAGCAGACUAAAGCAGUCUAGAUCUCAUGUGGAUCCAGUAUUUCGAUAACUAUGUCAACCCGCGAAAAACUUAGCUUUUCAAGAUAUAAUUUUACUAGGUAGAACAUUGCAAUGUCACUACAACACCUUCAAUCCUAAUUUAAAAUCAGGUACAAAAUUAUCCUGAAUUAUUCGCUUAUUCAGUGUGUGGGGUUUUAAGACUUUCGAUCACACAAUAUUGACUCAGCUAUAAAGUUCCAAAAGGUAUAAUUUUUUAGGCUGUUAAUUAUAUAGCUUUUGCAAUUUCGCUUUGCUUAGAGGAAGCAGCAAACGAACAUCUGUAUGGCCCUUGGGUGUAGUUAAGUUAGUCUUACAAAAUUUUACCUGAUAAACUUCCUCACCGAUAACAAAAACAUUCGAAAUUGUAUUCUGAUUGACAAUUUCCUAAUUAGUGAAAUUGAUUCUGUUUAAAGGAUCAUUCCCUGUCAAUGAAAGGAACACAUUUUUUGGGGAAGGCACAUUCAAAACAACUGGACAAAAGUGUCUGGCAUCUUUGCAAAAUUAAAACAUUCUGAGAUGCCUUUAACCAUUACCAUCAUAAUCUGAUGCUUCUCAAAAAAUUAUAGCAGUAUGUGUUUCCACAUUAAUGUGAAACGAGGAGGUAUACAACAGUAAUUAUUUUAUUUCUUUUAAAAGUUUUUUAAUAAACUAUUUAAAAGAAACUUUAAA